AUGCCUUCGAUCACCCAUCCACCGUCAACAUGGCGGAGGUUCGCCGCCGCCUCCGCCCUCUUACUUUUCCUCCUUCUCCCAACCCCUCCUUCUUCCGCCGCCGCCCAACCGGCUUCCAUCCCGGCAAGCGGCGAAUCCUCCUCCUCCACCCCGGCCAAAAGCCUCCCCCCCAUCCUCUCCGUCCUCUGGGCCCUCUCCAUGGUCACGGCCGCCAUCAGCUACUUCUUUUCUUUCCUUCUCUGCGUUAUUUUCUUCUAUCGUUAUAUCAUUCUCCAAACCCCUCUUCUUUCGGACGACAAUGACAUCCUGGGCUUUGGCCCCGUCGGCACCCCCGUCGCCUUCACCGCCUUUGGCUUCUUCUUAAUCUUCAUCUUCCUCCUCAUCCUCGUUGGCGUAGUAAUUGCCGUAAUAUAUGGUCCGGUGCCUACCGAAUACCGCACCGGUCACCCCCUCCGUCAUGAGGGGCACUGCCUCCGCGCCCCUUGCGGCCUCAACCCCGCCGUCAUCAAGACCUUCCCGACCGUCAUCUACUCCGCCGUGAAGGGACACAAAAUCAGCGAGGCAUCGCUGGAGUGCGCCGUGUGCCUGAACUACUUCGAGGACGAUGACACGCUCCGCCUGAUCCCCAAGUGCAACCACGUGUUCCACCUCGACUGCAUCGGCAAGUGGCUCGCCUCCCACACUACCUGCCCCGUCUGCCGAGCCAACCUCACGUCGCAGCAGGCCGGCAGCUCGGCAAGUCAACUCCCCGAGUCAGGCACCGAGCCGCCGCGGGUCGAGGUGACGGUCGAGGCGACUCUGCCCAAUGGCGGCGCACCAGAGAGGAGCCCGCGAGAAGGACAACGGCAGCGAAUCCAUCCGCCAGAUCUAUGGGACAAGAACGAGAGCGGCAGCUUCAAUAAUCGCAACCGAACAGGUGGCUCGGGCAGGAUCCGGAGGUUUCCUCGUUCACACUCGACUGGGCACUCGCUAGUCCGACCGAGUGAGGACACCGAGCGUUUCACCCUGAGGAUGUCCGCCGAGGUGAGCAAGCAAUUGAUGGACCGGCCCGGGCCGGUCCUGCCCCCGGAAGGUUGCUCGAGGCGAGGAUACCGAUGCGGAGUCGAAGGGAGCAGCCCAAGGAGGUACUUCGGGAGGCCGGACUGGCUGGACCGGGCAACCAAGUCGGAAAGGUGGGAUUUCAAUAGGAUCUCGCCUAUAUUGGCUGCCAACGAUGGCGGAAGGUCCUCUCCGGGCUCGGUUGAACAGGCUCGACCGGCCAUUUAG